CUGUGACCAUUGUGAGUUUUUCUUUCAUUAAACGAAGGGUACCAACAAUUUUGUCCACGUGUGUAAGCUUGGCUGGUAACGGUGUGCUGAAGAGCAUCAGCGUCCGCGUGGUCCAUUGUGGCUAGAUCUUUCUGUGAGGACAGGUGGUAAAUUGGACCAAAGAGGCGGACGCUGAGUUCACAAGUGGUGAUGUGUUUAUUCAGGGAGAUACAAAAAAGGGGGGAGAGGACGACGGUGGGGUAAGGGUCCGGGAGAGGAGUGGGUCCGGAAGAGGAGCAGGUCCGGGUUGGCAGCUGCUGAGCAGGGGUAGGUGAUAUGUAGCACAGGGAGCUCAGGGUCAAAAAACAAGGCAGGAACACAGGGAGGGAAAAAACACAGGAAGACCAGGAACGCACGAGGAGUAUCAAAAACACUCGAAAGUGCUGGCUGUCAUUCAUACAGUUCAGGUUAACGUGACGCAUUUCUGGCGUCACCGUUAAGAUAGCGUCAUGUCACAAGAGAGCCUGUUUCUGGACGCCGGACAGAGCGACGUGAAGGAGGUGAAGCCCAAAGGCCGACUCGGUCUCAUCAUCACGGGGGUGCUGGGUGGGUCUCUGGUCGCCCUGUACGCAGUGGCCGCUCCGUUUGUCACUCCUGCACUGAGGAAAGUCUGCCUCCCUUUCGUCCCAGCGACCUCAGCACAGGUGGACAACGUCCUCAGGGUGCUGAGAGCCAGAUCAGGGACCCUGGUGGACAUCGGGAGUGGAGAUGGAAGAAUAGUGAUCGCAGCAGCCAAGCGUGGGUUCCAGGCAUCGGGCUUUGAACUCAACCCCUGGCUGGUGUGGUAUUCUCGCUACAGGGCAUGGAGAGAGGGAGUGCACCGCUCCACCUCCUUCCACAUCUCUGACUUGUGGAAGGUCAGUUUUGCUCAGUACUCCAACGUUGUUAUUUUUGGAGUCCCUCAGAUGAUGGACCAGCUGGAACUGAAGCUAGCAAGUGAACUAGAGAGUACGGCCAAGGUGGUGGCCUGCCGCUUUCCCUUUCCUACUUGGGUCCCUGAACAUACCGCUGGGGAAGGCAUAGACACUGUGUGGGUGUACGAUGCCAAGACAUUUAAAUCACACCUGCAACAUGGAAUGACAAGGAAGACGACACCGGAACACACAGACCCAUCGGAUACACAUACAUGAAUGCAAACCUUGGUUUUAAGUCAUCAUCACAUGCUACGAUCCUGGGACAGUGUUUUUUUAAAUUUAUUUUAAUACUACUACUACUCCAGUGGAUUUAAAAUUGCUGAGAGAGACUGAUGUUCUUUUCUUAAAAUGCACUGUGGAUGUAAAGUCUAAAAGUAAUUAAGUUCCUAAUAAAAUAAUACAUAAUAAUGAUAUAAUACUUCUGCAUGGUUUGAUUAUGUAUAGGAAUUAACAGUCCAUGUUGCAUUGUUUAUGCAUAAAUGAAAUGACAUUAUCUUCCCAGACAGACAAAGACCUUGUUAAGUAUAGCAGCCUGUCUCACAGAAUAUUUUUUUAUCAUUGUGUGUGAUUCCAUGUUCAACCUUAGGGUGUUUUCUUUGAAGGCCUCUGUUUUAGUCUCCUUUGUCCACAGGACAUUCACCCUGUAGGAUUUUUUAUCUUCCUCAGAUAAGUUUUGGCAAACUCCAAUCUGUUUAUUUAAGCAGCUUGGUCUGCUGCUUCACUUCACUAGAAGUAUAAAGUAGCAAAAAUGUACUCAAGUGAAGUACAAGUACCUUCAAAACAAAAAAAAAGUUACUUUCCACCACUGUUUAUUUAUUUAUCCACCUGAAAACCUGAAGGAUUACAUAUAGAAUUAUAUUUGUGAGCAGUGCAAAAGCUCCUGAUGUUUUUGGAACAGAUGAUUACACAUCAGUAUCUGUAG